CUACGACCCUCCUCCGCAAACAAACCAAGUAGAGGUGAUCCGAGUCACAGACGCAGACUAGAGUAGAGCCAUGCUUUUCAAAGCUUCUGUUCGGGAAAGUUUGCCCGUGGUGGAUAAAUGUUGAACUUUUGUGAUGACCAUGCUUGUUGGGAGUAUAUUUAAGAGAAGAUAGAGACCAUUUAUCCGCCAAAUGUUAUGGAUGAACAUCAUGCGACAAGUAUAAAGCUUCCGUUUUGUAGAGAGCCGGAUACGUCUGCCUCGGACGAUGAUUUGGCAUCAAUGCUGGCUACAGGAGAGGAUAUCAAUAUCGCCCACAACGAAAGCAUCCGAAAGGGAUGUGACCCUUUUGCCCAAUCUCAACGCAGUAAACUGCAAAAUCGACGAGCUCGCAUUAAUCAGCAAAUCAACAAAGAGAUGCGCAUGAGAGCUGGAGCCGAGAACCUGUUCAGGGCAACAACAAACAACAAAGUAAAAGAAACCCUGGCUCUGGAACUCAGCUUCGUGAACUCCAAUCUACAACUUCUUAAAGAAGAACUAGAGGAUCUCAACAGCAACAUGGAAGUCUAUCAGACAGAUAGUGAGGCUGUGAAUGUUCCCAUGAUCCCACUGGGGUUAAAAGAAACCAAGGAAGCUGACUUCACCAUCCCGAUUCAGGACUUCAUCUGUGAGCACUAUGGAGAGGACAGCUUACUCUAUAAGAAUGAGAUAAAAGAGCUUAUGGACCUCAGACAGGCUAUGCGUACUCCCACUCGUAACCAGACUGGUUUAGAGUUACUGAUGGAGUACUACAACCAAUUGUACUAUCUGGAUCAACGGUUCUGUCCUCCACAUAGGAAUCUGGGUGUCCACUUCCAAUGGUAUGACUCUCUGACAGGCGUUCCAUCAUGUCAGCGUGCGUUGGCCUUUGAGAAGGGGAGUGUGUUGUUCAACAUCGGUGCUUUGUACACACAAAUCGGAGCGCGACAGGACCGCUCCACUAAAGCUGGCAUAGACCGAGCUAUAGAUGCUUUUCAAAGAGCUGCAGGUGCGUUUGAUUAUCUGAAAGAGAAUUUCUCCAAUGCACCAAGUCUAGACAUGAGUGGGCCAGCACUGUGUAUGUUAGUUCAGCUCAUGGUUGCCCAAGUGCAGGAGUGUAUCUUCGAAUACAUCAUGCACACCACGCAGUACACCGAAUUGAUUUCCUUGCUGUGUCUGGCACAAGAGGCUGCACAGGUUUCAGAUGUCUACCUGCUAGUGCAACAGACUAUGUCACAGCCAUUGAUGAAGGACUAUGUACCAUUUUCGUGGGCAUCUAUGGUUCAGGUCAAAUCUGAACAUUUCCGUGCCCUCUCGCACUACUUUGCUGCUACAGUACUCUGUGACUGCAGGUUCUCUGAAGAAGUCUACGAGGAAGCAGAAAAAGCUUUCCUCUACUUCUAUGUCAGCACACCUGCAGGGCCACUGCCCUGCCAGAUUUUAAGGGACCCAGAAAAAAGACAAAGGUUUGGUAAAGCCCAUCUGCGGCAUGCAGUAAUGAGACAUGAAGAAGCAAUGCGGGUCCACAGUCUGUGUAAGAUCUUAAGGAAGAUGGACAUACUGCAGGAUGUACUAGCUGUAACACAUAAACGUUCUUUGGACAAGUACUCUGAACUGGACAAAGAGGAUGACUUUGAUGAAACUGUAGCCGCACCAGAGAUACAGUCUCAAAGUCACCGAAAGCCAGAAAUCAUUCCACUCAACUUUUCUACUGUCCAAGUAUCAGAUAUCUUCAAAAAGCUAGGACCGUUGUCAGUGUUUUGUGCUCGGGCUCGUUGGGGCCCAGUGCGUAUGAUCCGACUGCAGAGUCGAGAAGGUGGACUGGGUCUCACACUCAGAGGUGACUCACCGGUCUUGGUGACUGGAGUUGUCUCUGGAGGCUGUGCAGCGGAGGCAGGACUGAGGGAAGGAGACUAUAUUGUAGCAAUUGAUGGGCAAGACUGUAAGUGGGCUAAACACAGUGAAGUGGUGAACAUGCUCAAGAACUGCAGCGUCAAUGGAGUGGACCUCGGCGUGAUUACAUUACAAGAUACACAGGCUGAGAAAAGGGCACUUUUACUUUCUCACACCAACGAUAAAGAAAACGCUCGACAGAGGGUGGUGGCUGGGGCUAAAGGACAGAGCUCUGUCUCCUUGCUGCAUUGGAACAGAAAGAAAAGGGAAGGCAACAAGACUUCCAACAGAUUGGGCAGCUCUUUCAGUUUGUCGUUUGGAAACCUCAAAGACACUGAGGCCAUGUACUGAGAUGUGAUUGCAGAGGAGCUACUCAGGGACUUACCAUCAUAUGUAACUGCACUAAGAAAGCGAAACUGGAAGUCCUUCAGACUUCUGACAAUGGAGUCCGGUCAGCAUUUAAGCAAAUACAGUACUCGUUAUGUUGUUGCAAUCUACAUUGCUUUAAAUGUUACUGCCAAAGAAAAAAUCAUCAAGUGUUCUGCUCAUUUUGACUCCAUUGUCAGAAUGUUGGAGGCUGGGAAUCUUCUGACUAAGCCACUGACAAUGUUUGCGUCAGAGUUUACAAAAACAACAAUGAUCCACACAGUGCAUUAAUCAAAUGCUGUUAUGUUCUACUCGACUACAAAAGACUAACAUUUAAUGUUUUACAACUUUUCCUUUUCACAACUUCUAAGACUAACGCCAUUUUAACUCAAUUCUUAAGUAAAUUAACAUUUUUCCCCCUGUUUUCCCCCCCAAAGAUGAGUGUUAAUGUUCAAACUUUGGCUUGAAAAAUAAAUAAAACCUUGGCUGAAUAUUUUUGGAUUACUACUACAUUAUCGUAUUUUAAUGUUGCCCAUGAUGCUUAUACUCAAAGAGCCAAGUACUUUUUGGGUGGUACCUGAUGUAAAAUAUUGAAGAACCACUGACUUUGUGUAUAGAUUGUUAAAAUUAUUGCUGCCUAUGUUUAUGUUAGAAUAAGUACACACGACCAUUUAUCAGAGAUGUGGAUUUAGAAUGUGUGUAUAAGACGUAGAGAAAAAAAUUUGAUAUAUUAUGUACACUGCUGGCCAAAAGUAUUGGUACCCCUGCAAUUCUGUCAGAUAAUGCUCAUUUUCUACCAGAAAUUCAUUGCAAUUAGAAAUGCUUUGGUAUUAAUAUCUUCAUUUAUUUUGCUUGCAAUGAAAAGCACAAAAUAAGAAUGAAAAAAAAAUUAAAUCAUUAUCAUUUUACACAAAACUCCACAAAUGGGCCAGACAAAAGUAUUGGCACCCUCAGCCUAAUACUUGGCAGCACAACCUUUAGACAAAAUAACUGCAAACAACCGCUUCCGGUAUCCAUCAAUGAGUUUCUUACAAUGCUCUGCUGGAAUUUCAGACCAUUCUUCUAUGGCCAACUGCUCCAGGUCUCUGAGAUUUGAAGGGUGCCGUUUUCAGAUCUCUCCACAGGUGUUCCAUGGGAUUCAGGUCUGGCCACUUAAGAAGUCUCCAGUGCUUUCUCUCAAACCAUUUUCUAGUGCUUUUUGAAGUGUGUUUUGGGUCAUUGUCCUGCUGGAAGACCCCUGACCUCUGAGUAGACCCAGCUUUCUCACACUGGGCCCUACAUUAUGCGGCAAAAUUUGUUGGUAGUCUUCAGACUUCAUAAUGCCAUAAACACGGUCAAGCAGUCCAGUACCAGAGGCAGGAAAGCAACCUCAAAACAUUAGGGAACCUCCGCCAUGUUUGACUGUUGGGACAGUGUUCUUUUCUUUGAAGGCCUCGUUUUUUUCCCUCUAAACUCUAUGUUGAUGCCUUUUCCCAAAAAGCUCUACUUUUGUCUAAUCUGACCAGAGAACAUUCUUCCUAAACGUUUUUGGCUUUCUCAGGUAAGUUUUGGCAAACGCCAGCCUGGCUUUUUUAUGUCUCCGGGUCAGAACCAGGGUCUUCCUGGGUAUCCUACCAUAGAGUCCCUUUUCAUUCAGAUGCCGACGGAUAAUACGGGUUGACACUGUUGUACCCUCGGACUGCAGGACAGCUUGAACUUGUUUGGAUGUUAGUCGAGGUUCUUUAUCCACCAGCCGCACAAUCUUCGUUGAAAUCUCUCGGCAAUUUUUCAUUUCCGUCCACAACUAGGGACGUUAGCCAGAGUGCCAUGGGCUUUACAUUUAUUGAUGACAAUGUGCACGGUAGACACAGGAACAAUUAGGUCUUUGGAGAUGGACUUGUAGCCUUAGACUUACCAUGCUUCCUCACAAUUUUGCUUUGAAGCACUCAGACAGUUCUUUGGUCUUCUUUCUUUUCUCCAUGCUCAAUGUGGUACACACAAGGACAGAGGUUGAGUCAACUUUAACACAUUUUAACUGGCUGCAAGUUUAAUUUAGGUUUUGCCACCACCUGUUAUGUGCCACAGAUAAGUAACAAGUGCUGUUGAUUACACAAAUUAGAGAAACAUCACAUGAUUUUUCAAAGGGUGCCAAUACUUUUGUCCUGCCCAUUUUUGGAGUUUGGUGUAAAAUCUAAUGAUUUAAUAUUUUUUUUAAUUCUUUUGUGUUUUUUCAUGGCAAGCAAAAUGAAUGAAGAUAUUACUACCAAAGCAUUUGUAAUUGCAAUCAUUUUCUGGGAGAAAUGGAGCAUUAUCUGACAGAAUUGCAGGGUUGCCAAUACUUUUGGCCAGCACUGUAGGUUACUGAAGAGGAAGUAACCUGUAAAUGCCCAAAAAUCAACAGAAAGGGACCUGUAAAUGCCCCCAAAACCAGGAGGAUUGGCUUGGUUUCAGUGCCAUAGACAGUGCUAGAAGUCAGGAUGCCAAGCGCCAUCAAUGGCAGUCAAUGAGUUACAGUACAUACUCACUGUUCUCGUGGAAGAUUUUGCUAGUGACCUUUUGAUUCUUUUUUUUUUUUUUUUUUUUUUAAUAUACAGUGACUUUUAUAAAAAGAUAUAUCAAUUUUUGGCGUGAGCAUAUUGAUCUCCUUUUUGGAUUCAAAGUAUCACGAUAUAUCACCAUUUCGAUAUACUGUAUUGUCACACCCCCACUGUCUACCCAUUUACUGUAUGUGUUUGUUGUAACGUUUUCUUUGUCCGGUUUGUACCUGGAACAAAAUCUCGUGCAAUGAAAAUGAAGACUAUUCCUGAGUCAAAUCAAUUUGUACUUGUGUACCUUUACUGCAUUUUCCCCAAAAUAAAACACUCACCUCUGACCUUUUUAUUUUUAAUGAUUUCUGUAGGAGGACAAAGAUGACACCAACAUUCUUCUAAUUUGUCAAUAUUGUAAUUAAGUUCAAUUUGAGGCGGCAUCGUACAACAGAUUAGUCACGUGUUGUGUUAUUCUAUAGGAUGCACUGCAGGGAAAAUCAACUACUGUGUUUUCCACACUAUAAGACGCAUCGGAGUAUACCUUGAAUAAAUGGCCUAUUUUUUUUUCCUGUUGUAAUGGUCACCUCUGUAUAUCGUGUUCCUCAUGACAUCUGCCACACAGUGGCGCCUCUUUAUUCAUAUUAAAUAGUUGUCUUCUUCUGUUACUACUCACUUUUUGUUGGAGUUCAUUGUGACCGCGUGCGCGCAGACCGUUGUGCUCUUGAGUGGUCGAGCUGGGUUUAUUAUUUUGUGCUGAAGAAGUGCAUAGUGGAAGUCUGCUCCCUUUUUUACUUUUUAUGUACGCAUCCUUCCCUACCACGCGUUACACCAUCCUAUUCAGCUGCUUGACACGGAAAACGGGAAUUUGAGUGUCCGAUUGGUCUGAACUGUUUAAAUGUAUCACAUGGGAGUAUGAUGUACUCCCAUUGUGAUCAUUCAGUGCGCAUCGUUUAUUAGGAGAAAGCAGCGAACAGGAAGGGGUUAAUGGGGGACAAAAGAAAAUAGGAAAGGAGAGGGAGACGGGAGAGAAGAACAAACAACAAGAAAUAUAUU